AAUGAGAUAGAAAGUGAUGGAGGCGUCAACUGAAGCACAAUCAGAUUAAUCUCAGGGAAAUACAAAUGGGUGACAAGUUUGAAUCCAAAGGCAGGGUGUGCGUGACAGGGGCAUCCGGUUUCGUUGCUUCUUGGUUGAUCAAGCGACUUCUCUUGUCCGGGUACCACGUCACCGGGACGGUCAGGGACCCCGGAAAUGAGAAGAAAUUGGGGCACCUGUGGAGGCUGGAGGGAGCCAAGGAGAGGCUCCGGCUGUCGAGGGCUGACCUGAUGGAGGAGGGAAGCUUCGACGACGCGAUCAUGGGGUGUGAUGGUGUCUUCCAUUCUGCUUCACCUGUACUCGGCCACUGCCCAUCCGAUCCCAAGGCUGAAAUUUUGACACCUGCAAUCGAGGGCACUUUGAAUGUCUUACGUUCGUGCAAUAAGAAUCCAUCGCUGAAGCGCGUGGUUCUCACCUCUUCCACGUCAACAGCAAGACAAAGAGACGAUUUCGAUCCUAGAAUACCUUUGGAUGAGUCGUCAUGGAGUUCCGUGGAACGUUGCGAAAGCCUCCAGAUGUGGUAUGCUCUAUCGAAGACCCUAGCCGAAAGGGCAGCAUGGGAGUUCUGCAACGAGAACAAGAUCGAUCUAGUGACCGUUCUCCCCUCAUUUGCCAUCGGGCCUAGUUUGUCUCCUGAGUUAAGCACUACUGCAACUGAUGUCCUUGGCUUGCUUCAAGGCAAGACGAAGAGUUUUCAGUGGCUCGGAAGGAUGGGGUAUGUGCACAUUGACGAUAUCGCGCGAUGCCACAUCCUUGUCUAUGAGCAUAAAAAAGCUCAUGGACGAUACCUUUGCAACUCGAUUGUUCUCGACGACAAUGAGUUGGUCUCGAUGCUGUCUGCCCGCUAUCCAAACUUUCCUAUCCCCAAGAGGUUCGAGUCACUCGACAAGCCAUACUAUGAGUGGAACACUGCUAAGUUGACGAGUUUAGGAUUCAAGUUCAUGUCUAUCGAAGAGAUGUUUGACGAUUGUAUUGCAUCUUUAACGGCGCAAGGACAUCUUCGUUCGCCUUAAUUAAGCUAGAACUGGCUAGCUAUAUCAUCAUAACUGUACUCCUUAUCUAAACUUCUACUCUUUUCGGAUCUCUCGUACCUUCCUUUGAUCUUGCCAAUGCUUGAUGAACAACUUCUACCUUCAGAGACAUUCAUGCUAUAUGUCAUGGAAUGGCCACAAGUAUUUUACGUACUUUUGAAAGUUUAUCCGUCAAUAAAAAUUUCAAGGAUUGUUUCGUGCA